CGCAAAAAUCCAAGCUUCAAGCUCGUCACCCGCGGUCACCAAUUAUCAAACAUGGAAAAGCAGGCUAAGAAUCCCCAACUUAACUUUGAAAGUCCGAAUGGUUAUUUAUCGCUUACUGACAAACUCCCUAGAGCCUAACACCCACCCUCAUCACUGAAAAAUGAACGUAUGUCCUCCUUUAUACGAAACUUCGUGCACACCACCACCAACACCGCCUCAACGCCCUUGUUACGCCACUAACAUUGCGAGCUGUAACUUAAGUCCUCCAAGUUCUCCCUUGUCAUCCGGAGCGACGAGCAUGGUCUUGGAGACGGAUACUGAGGAUGGCUUUCCUUUGACUCCUAACUCUAAGUAUCCAGGUGGCGCAUAUCAUCAUGUCACUGGUACCUCUCCUGGGGCUGAAUCGAGUCGUGCGAAGCACCGUAGCAAAAGUCACCAUCAUCCUUUUCAUCCAUACCGCCAGCCACCCAGCUUUCAAGACGCACAUACCUUUGACAGCCUGGUGGGUAGACCUAGUGAGAAUCGAUCGCAAGCUCCGGACAGCAAUACCGAUGAAUUAUUUUUUAAGGCAUAUGGAUGAGCUUAACCCUGCAUCUUGCCGCUUCCUUGUCCACUACAAGGCAGCAGUUCGUGAACGCCAACGUAUGCGCCUCUUUAUGACGUAUUGGGAACUCGAAGAAACGAACAGGCUGCGCACUCUCCUCAUGUCUCUGUCUGCCGAAGAAGACUUGGAGUUCCGUGGGGCAGAGCGAGACACUCAAGGGUUGUUGAAAGUACUUGUUACCGAGCAGUCGCUGUCUCGUACUGCGGCAGAUGUUGACUUUCUCACUGCAGUCCGCCAACGGAACAAGACAUCUCUUCGAGAGACUGAUGCUCAGUUGGAUCUUUUAGAAGAGCGUAUCACACAGAUGCAUAGGGUCAGGUCGUCUGCUGACGGCUUGGACAACACUGUCGGAAGUAGCCCGAUUACCACUGAUGCAUGAUGACUCGGACUACUAGUAUAAGAUGCUAUCUUUACUCAUUCAGCACACUCACACCAUGUACUUAUCAUCAUGUAGCUAAGCGAGUCCAAGUGUCAUUGAAUGACCUUCAAUGCCAACUUGGUCCCGCGAACUCACUGGCAAAGCAAUAUCCGCUCGUUUCUUUCUGUG